AUCCACUAUAUACUGGCCUCUAGUGAAAGAAAAUGAUUUCAUUGCUGCCGUUUGCGUCGGUCGCAAAGGGCUGCCCCUUUCGACACCCACGGAGAAAGCCGUCCCAACCAGCCACUGGAACAUGAAUCCACCAGCCGGCCGUCUGGGGGGUAAGAGAUUGCGUUCCUCGAUUCCUCCCUGGCCUGAGUUAGGAACUAAGGAACUGAAAGGUUCGAGCACAUUCAAAUUUGCCACCUUCGCUACCGGACGAAAAAGUCACUCUAUCGACACAGGAUUGACCACCUGGGUAGCAACCCGCAUACAGAGGGUUUACGAGGCAUUCCAGUGUGAAUGUAUGGGAGAUGCCACUGCAAAAAGCGCGUCGGAACAAUACCAUACGGUAAGCGAGUUGCGAGUCAGACUAAGAGACGCUAGUAAUCUGCUAAGGCCGAUCUAUUGGGACCAACUCAUCCACUCUUGCGCCUUAUCAUCUUCCCUCGUCUGGUCUCUCCAGCCACAGUAACCAAACGGAAACCCCAUCGGAAAAUUGUUCAGCUUCCAUCCACUAUCUAUUUCUGCCACUGGCUGUCACCGGGCCACAUCAGAAAGAGGGGAAAGCUUCUCUCAGUGAGAAGACAGACUGGGUGGUUGGGAAUUGAAUUCUGUCCCGGUCCCGAUGGCAAAAGGCAAAUGAGAAUUCACCUUGGACCAGACAUCUGUCUGGCUGGCAUGAUGCCGCUCAUAUCAUGAUGACGAGCAGUGGCUGAAACGGAGUGCGAUCGUCGGCUGGCCCUUCCUUCAAUCGUCAUCGACUCCUCCACCCACAGGAGUGUGACCCGGGCGACCCAACGAUCCCAUCUGAGAUCCAGAGUUGACUUGCCAGUGGCAUCGCCUCUCACUCGUCCUGCGCGGCCCCAAGUGGAGUGGCUUGUUCCCUCGUGGGUGGCACUAGCUUCAAAUCCUCUUCCAUCC